UUUCUCCCGUUUUAGGGUUUUUGUGCUUUUUCACUGUUUUUUUGUCCUUAAACCGAUAAUCGGCUAUCCUUGCUUACACAUUGCAAAAUGGGCAGGGAGGACAAGGCCACGUGGAAGAACAACUAUUUCACGAAGCUAAUUCAACUGCUGGAUGAAUACCCCAAGUGCUUCAUCGUUGGAGCCGAUAAUGUGGGGUCCAAGCAGAUGCAGAACAUCAGGAUCUCUCUUCGAGAUAAGGCUGUUGUGCUUAUGGGAAAGAACACCAUGAUCCGCAAGGCCAUUAAGGGCCACCUCGAAAACAACCCAGGGCUCGAGAAGUUGUUGCCGCACAUUCGUGGGAACGUCGGAUUUGUUUUCACGAAGGAGGAGCUGACCGACAUUCGUGAGGUGCUUUUGCUGAACAAAGUCCAAGCACCUGCUCGUGCUGGCGGUAGCGCCCCGUGCGAUGUCGUCAUCCCUGCUCAGAACACCGGUCUGGGACCUGAAAAGACCUCUUUCUUUCAAGCUUUGUCUAUUCCCACGAAAAUCUCGAAGGGAACGAUUGAAAUCAUCAACGAUGUCAACUUGAUUAAGGAGGGCGACAGAGUCGGUGCCUCAGAAGCUACACUCCUGAACAUGUUGAACGUGUCUCCGUUCACUUUCGGUCUCGUCAUCGAACAAGUGUACGACUCUGGUACCGUCUUUGAGCCAGCAAUUCUGGACAUCACAUCGGACGACUUGCGGAAGCGUUUUAUCGCCGGCUGCAUGAACAUCGCAGGAGUGUGUUUGGACAUCGGCUACCCAACGGUGGCUUCAGUCCCGCAUUCCAUCAUCAAUGGCUUCAAGAACCUUCUCGCUGUUGCGGCUGAGACCGAAGUCACAUUCAAGCAAGCUGAAACGGUCAAGGCCUAUUUGGCCGACCCGUCGAAGUUCGCCGUCGCCGCCGCUGCUCCGGCGGCCGCCUCUUCCGCUGCCGCCCCGGCCGAAGCCAAGAAGGAAGAGAAGAAGGAGGAGUCCGAAGACAGUGACGCUGAGGGAAUGGGACUUGACUUGUUCGGUUAA